AUGCCAACGCAACAGCCGCCGGCCACCGGGAUCCCUCCACGCCGAAAGAUCGUAAUCGUGGCAGUCGGCCCCAGAGGCGACGUCCAGCCGUACUGCGUCCUUGGGCAAGCCCUGGCUGUCCGCGGCCACCACGUCACGAUCGCGACGGAAGAGCGUCUCAAACCCCUUGUCACGACCGAGUUUGGCCUUCCCUUUGCCACGAUUGCAGGUGACGUUUACGGUGGCCUCUACGACGUCGAGUUCCAGCACCGCUUCCGCGUCGCGAGGUCCCUUAAGUGCCUCGAGUUGCUCACGGAUUGGAACAACCGGUACGACCCCGAUGAAGUCCUGGCGUCGUACGUGGCCGCCCUGGCGGGGGCCGACAUUGUGGUCUGCGGCGCCGCCUUGGCCAUUGCACAGACGUACAGCAUCGCCGAGAAGUACAACUUGACUUGGGUGCCGGUCUUUCUCGGAUCGUGCCCGAUCCCAACCAACGAGUUCCCGCAUUGGGUCCUGGCUGGGGUCCCGCUUGGAUUCCUCUGCUCCAACCAUUGGUCGCACUCGAUCGUGGCGUCAAAGGGGUGGCUCCAGCAGCGCAAGCGCAUCAACCAGUGGCGACGGAGUGCGCUGGGGCUCUCCCCCAUCACAACCCCCCUUGGCGUCGUCGACCUCAUCCAAGCCAACGACAACAUUACCAUCUUUCAAGCGAGCUCGUUGCUGUUAUGCGGCCCCAAGCGGCAGGUCCCGCAGGACUACCCGCCCAACAAAGUCGCGUACGGUGGCUUCCUCUUUCCCACCACGUCGAGUCCGCCAAGCCUCCCGACUGGAUCGACGGCAUGGAGCAGCCCUUCCGACCGUGGGUCCAUCGCUCUGCAAACCCUGCCCGUCAUCUACAUUGGGUUUGGAGGCAUGCCAACCAUUGAGCCGCUUCCGCUGCUCCAGCUCGCCCUUCAAGUGUGCCACUCGGCCAACUGCCACGCUGUCAUCGUUGCAAGCUGGGCCAAGUUCAUGCCACCGCCCUGUGCCGCGUUGGUGCAGUACCACACCAACACGAUUUGCGUCGAACCGUCGGCGCCGCACCCGUGGCUAUUUCCUCAAAUGAGCUGCAUCAUCCAUCACGGCGGGUUCAGCACGACCGCGACCGCCCUUCGCAGCGGUGUGCCACAGAUCCCGUGCCCUGUCAUGAUGGACCAGUUCCACCAUGCCAAUGACAUGGUAUCCCUUGGGGUGGCCCCUGCCGUCGUCCACAAGGGGUACCUCACGGGCUCGUACGUCGCCAAGCUCGUCGCCCAAGUCCUUUGCAAUCGUCGCAACGUCCAAACGAUUGCCAAAGACCUGGGAAAGGUUGUGACCAAGGAGAGCUCGGACAACCCAGACAAGUUUUGCGACUGGGUGCUGGCAGCCCCACCAACCUUUACACCGUCGAAGGCUUCAGCCAUGGCAUGGUAA